AUGGACAUUGUCAAGGUGAUAUUGCAAUACGUAGGCAUGUGGCUAGUAAUACAUGCUGCAUUUCACAUGACGCAAAAGCUGUGCACGAAAUCAAGCAACAGUACAAAUUACGCUGCUCCUCCUUUACACCGGUUUCAUUCAAGGCCAUUCAACAUCAGUUGGAGCACAUCCGUCUUCAACAACGAUUUCGUCCGUGUUACACAUACAUUUGCACCAAAUUUUUGGCAUGCUUGGUUUCAAUUAGGCACCUGUGUCACUCUGUGUACCAUGCUUGUAGGCACCUGUAUCGUGAUUCGAUCCGGCUGUGAGAUACUCUCCAUCAUGUAUGCUCACAGCCAUUUGAUCAAGAGCUGGGUACAUUUAGAGAAACGAAACUUUCGCUUGUUAUUGCAUAACGAGCACAGUACAUUACUUCCUAUGAUACCUGGACUGACAUUACCCAUCAACCAUCUUCACUAUUAUUUUGUCGCUCUGCUUGUAGGAGCGAUGGUUCAUGAGCUGGGCCAUGGGCUAUGUGCUGGUGUGCAUAAUCUCCGUCUCUGUCAUGCUGGUCUCUUCUUUAGUUACAUCUAUCCUGGCGCAUUUAUAUCUAUUGCAGAAGCUGAUUUGGGCAUGCUAGACGUGUGGCAGAAACUACAGAUAGUUUGUGCUGGUAAUUGGCAUAAUGUGGUCUUGUUUGGAAUUUGCAAGAUGCUGAACAGGGUGGCCAUUCGAUGGAUUUGGUGCCAUUUGGGGUGGCAAAUGUUAUCAGAUGGAGUCAGUGUGGUGAACAUUCAUGCAAGCUCGCCACUGGCUGCACAUCUCAAGCCUGGAGCACGCAUAUUUCAAUUGGAUGAUGUCCAUCUUCUACAUGGCACAGAUGACUGGAGAUCGUUCUGGAACCGAGAUUUUGCCACUACACCCGCGCAAGGAUUCUGCGCCCUGAUGGGUGCUACAACAUCCAGUGAUACAUCUUGCUGUACAUUUGCCAGCGAUCUGCCUUUUGGAAACUCCUCGGAUACCACGAUAUCCUGCUUUCAGAAUGUAUCUCUGGGCGAUAUAGAAGUGAUACAAGGAGAAUGUUUGAAUACAUUGCAAACAUUAGCCUCUUACACGACUAUGCGCUGCCAGUUGGAUGGGGAUUGCUUGGGUAACAAUACUUGUGUCAUACCUGUUACACCAUCCAUGUACGGCCAGCGAGUGCGCAUCUAUACCGAAAAUGACGGCCAGGAGCUCAUUACAUCCAUCUAUGAAGGCGCGCUGAGAGAUGUGCUAGACAGUGUUCAAGUGAGCAAUUUGUACCCCAAAUACCCACAUUUGCCCAAACAAUUACCACAUCAGUUCAAUUUGCUUACCAGCUAUACGGCUACAUUUUCAUUGGCAUUGGCCUUGAUGAAUAGUGUGCCUGCAUUCAAUUUGGAUGGUGCAUCCAUUCUAAGGAAGCUACUAUUCAACACCCAGAAGAAGCUGUUCACUAUGAUCACCAAGAUUAUGUCUGGCUUGGUGCUGUUUGUCGUCAUUGGCAGCGUAUUUGUCCUCCUUUUGCAGGAUCUCUAG